ACGAGCGCCACGCUUCUGGCGCCAUUCGCCGCGCGUCUCUCCGCGCAUGCGCCCAUCUCGCGAGUGACAAGUGACAGUUGACCUACAAAAUGUCCGCCAAAAUUUACGUUUUAUGUCUCGUGCUGGCGACAGGGAUGGCUGCGAGGCACCGUCCACGCCUCCAGCAGCAAGUAGACGCUUACGAUUACGAGCCUCAGGCACAAGAAAGGGGUCAACAAGUGGUUUUAGUAUCGCAAGAUGCAUACGAUGGACUAUACCAAGCCCAAGACCGAGCUGAUGAAGAACACGAACCGAGAGCAGUGCACAGAUCGUCAGCUCCGUCUAGAUUGAAGCAGCAACAUUCUCAGCUGCAAGAAGGACCAAAACAGCCGCCUGUGCAGACUAUCAGAAACUAUAACAAGGUGAACGAUGAUGGUAGCUUUACAUUUGGUUACGAGGCGGCAGACGGAUCCUUCAAGGAAGAAACAAGAGGCACCGACUGUGUAGUCCGCGGCAAAUACGGCUACGUUGACCCCGACGGCAAUAAAAGAGAGUUCACUUACGUGUCAGGAAACCCUUGCGAUCCGAACAAACCUGACGAUGAAGAGCAAGAAGCUCAAGCCCCAGAAUCAGCGGAGAGAGAUGACCCAGAACCAAAUUAUCCGAGCAGACCAGCCUAUAGGCCAACAACAGCACGACCAGCGACCACCUACUUCCAAAACGACUUUAGGGACGCUGAUGAAGAACCCGAAGAAGAACCUCUUCAACAUAUCAGACAACGUGUGGUUCAACGCCCACAACCCGCUAGACCAGCGUUACGACCGACUUACCAAGCUCAACAAAUUGCUAUCACACCUCGACCUGUACCUGUUACUACUCCCAGAGCGCUACCUCCAGCGACCACUUUUAGACCACAUCAAGUUGUACAAGUGACACCAAAGCCCCAGAUUCAGUACAGCCCUGAGCCCGAAUACUCACCCGCUCCUACUCCGACAGCUGUGCUAAAUUCUGGAAGACCGGGACAAAUCGAUUUUGCUGCAGAAUUCGCGAAAUUCCACCGUGAUAAUCAAGGCCCAUCUACUACUCCAACCUCAUUAAAUGCACCCACUAAAACUACUCAUGCAGCACCUUCACCUUCUGGUAAUCCUUUGUACUCGACUGAGUUAGUCUACGAUCCUUCCAGCGGCCAUUACGAUACCCAGCUCUUCCAGGCUUUACCUCAAACUAAGGGAGAACUGAACCUAAACCAACGUCUUCAACCGUACGUUGCUCAACAACAACAGCAAAGACCUUUUGUUCCAUCCCCUCAGAUUCCCUCAAGUGCAGGUCAAGCCAGUCCAGUCCAAUACAGACAGCAACUCCAACCGGCUAACGCUCAGGAGAUCUACCAGAGACAACAGGCCGAGACUCAGUUCCAAAGCUCUCAGCAGCUGUUCGCUCAACAGCAGCAAAUUCAGCAAAGUCAACUGCAGAGAGACAGAGCGGCGGCGCGAGCUCAAGCACAAAGAUUAGCUCUCGCUCAAUCCCAAGCUCCUCAGAGAGCUCCCCAAUCGCCACAAUACUACUACGUACCGAGAGGAGAGAACCCUUCUUCGGGACAGAUCGACGCUUUUCUGAGAGGUCACGGCAUUCAGCUCUAGAUAUUUAGUUUAAUACCUGAGCUAGAUAAAUCUAUCGAUCGACUGAGUCCAUAUAGCCAUAAAUAACGUACAAGUCUUAAAUAUCAGUCGUAUAGUGCAGUGUGGUGAGGUAUCUAGUUCGAAGGACAGGCGGCAGGCCGCGAGUGUACAUAAUGCUGCGUCUCAGUACCUUAAAAUAAAAAUUAGUUUUAAGAUUUAAAUAUAAUUGUAAACCACUUUUGUACGAGAAAGUCCACGAUGUUUUGUGUUUGAGCGUUUUGUAAAAUCGAAAUACCAACUUUUUGUAAU